AUGCGCCGAAAUGUCAUUCUUGUGGCCUGUUUGGCGGCCCUUUCCAGCGUCUCAGAUGCCUUCUGGCGUCUUCCUUGUCGUGGUCGAAGCGGGGUCGCUCGAAUUGAUCCCUUGAUGGCCCCAGGGAAACCAUCAGACCAUGUCCAUGUGGUUCAUGGAUCGGGAGGAUUUUCCAUGUCGGCCACCGAGAUGAGUCUCAAGAAAGCGAACUGUACAUCAUGCGGGGUGACCCAGGACCAAUCCGCAUACUGGGUCCCCGCACUGUAUUUCAUGCAUGAAAACGGUGAUGCGGAGCUGGUGAAUGAAGUGGGUGGCAUGCUUGCCUACUACUUCCUUAACGGGGAGAAUGUGACCGCAUUCCCAGAGAACUUUCGUAUGAUUGCCGGCGAUCCGUUUCUACGCAACUUUCCUUGGCCAGUUCCCGACCCUCCGAAGUCCGAAUGGUCGGGAAAUCAAUCAUCUCAGUCUGCCCUUCGUCAAAAAGCCCUUGGGUUCAACUGUUUGAACUAUAAUCAGGCCGCUGAACCGUCGCUCGGCCGUCAUUUCCUCCCGAACAAGACCUUCUUGGAUGAGCAUUGUACUGAUGGUGUUCGAUUCGAACUGAUGUUCCCUUCUUGUUGGAAUGGCAAGGACGUUGACUCAAAGGACCAUAGGUCGCAUAUGGCCUACCCAUCGCUAGUCAUGGACGGGGAUUGCCCGGAAGGCUUCGAGACCCGUCUGGUGUCGCUUUUCUAUGAGACCAUCUGGGACACCUAUGCGUUCAAGGACAAACAGGGCACAUUCGUUCUCGCAAAUGGUGACCCUACUGGUUAUGGUUACCAUGGAGACUUCAUCUUUGGCUGGCAAACCGGCGUCCUCCAACGUGCAGUGAGCGAAUGUACUAACCUGUCUGGCCGGGUGGAAGACUGCCCCAUAUUUGACCUUCAAAGCGAAGCAGAACAGGGCCAGUGCAGCUUCGCCGUGCCGGAUGAGCUAAAGGACGAGAACGUGUAUCUCCACAAGGGCGGCCUUCCGAAUCACGUUGCCAUUCAAUCCGGUCCUGCAUAUGCAAGUCCGGUCAAGUAUACCGGCUUGAGUCAUCAUACCUCCCCAGCUGUAUCAGAACCCAGUGUCUCGAUUGGGGUCUCUAUCAAUGUGGGGGAUGUCCAUGUUGGAGUAACGGCUACCGCUCUUUCUACUUUCUCGACUUUGACUUCCCCUACUGCGACACUCUUUUCAACCUCGACUACUUCUUCGGCACCAACAACUAGCUGGACACCCGAUCCUACCACCGUUUACGUCGAAGGUGUCUUCACUCAGAAGAUUGUUUAUGUCCAGCAGGAGUUCAUUGUUCUCACGGAUGAAACGGGGGCCCCUGUUCAGACGGAGACGGGUGCAUUGGAGACUGUUUCAACAUCGACUUCCACCAUCAACAAAGUUAUGUCCACUAUCGUGACUACGCCGACCGAAUCUCCUGUGCAGCAUGAUGGACAUUCCCACCAUGUCCAUAGACGUCAUGGCCACGGGCAUGCUCACCGGAAAUAA